AUGACAACGCUGGCCCACAUGACAACGCUGGCCCACAUGACAACGCUACCCCACAUGACAACGCUGACCCACAUGACAACGCUACCCCACAUGACAACGCUGACCCACAUGACAACGCUGACCCACAUGACAACGCUGGCCCACAUGACAACGCUGGCCCACGUGACAACGCUGGCCCACGUGACAACGCUGGCCCACAUGACAACGCUGGCCCACAUGACAACGCUGGCCCACAUGACAACGCUGGCCCACAUGACAACGCUGGCCCACACGACAACGCUGGCCGACAUUACAACGCUGGCCCACAUGACAACGCUGGCCCACAUGACAACGCUGGCCCACAUGACAACGCUGGCCCACAUGACAACGCUGGCCCACAUGACAACGCUGGCCCACAUGACAACGCUGGCCCACAUGACAACGCUGGCCCACAUUACAACGCUACUCCACGUUACAACGCUGGCCCACAUGACAACGCUGGCCGACAUUACAACGCUGGCCCACAUGACAACGCUGGCCCACAAGUUUUCUCGCCUUCCAAGUCUGUAA